AUGCUGCCCCAAAGUCUUCUGGGUCUUCUGGGUCUCCUGGCGCUCUGCAAAGGCCUAACCCUCACCAACCAUGUUGUGGACGUGCUGCACACCGACAUGAACUCGUUCGGGCUGCAAGGAGCUCACGGACACAUCGACUACUACGCCAACGGGGGGGCCGACCAGCCGGGCUGCCCCCAGAGCAUCUUUGCAGGCAAGGCGUACUUCGUGUGUGACUACCAGCGCUCCGUGGUUCUGUUCCUGUGCGCUCUGAACCGGACCUGCAGCCUGACCGGCUACCCGUGCUCGUCCUACGGCGACUUCCUGGAGGGGCGGUGCCUCCGGUGCGAGAGCUUCAGGCCGGCGCCCUGCCCCGUGCUCGGUUACGAUGUGAGUCCCUGGAGGGAGACUCUCCUCAGAUUGGGUCAGACCAGAGUUUUCUUCAGCACCACGUCAGCUCCGCCCUACAGGAAGCUGGUCUACCUGGUGACCUGGAACCAGUACCUCCGAUGGGGGGUGGUCUACAUCCGGCUGACCAGUGGCAGAACCUCCACCGAGGUCCGCAUCGACCAGAAGCUGGUCCGGUUCGAGCAGUACACCUCCACGCGGCUGCUGGCCCAGUUCGACGAGGACCUGCAGCCGGUCCACAAGAUCUCGAUGCGCAUCAACACCGGCAACGUGAUCGGCCCCCGGUACAAGAUCCGCCUGCUGCGGGUCCGCUUCACGCCGCUGGAGCGCCCCGACAGGCCUUUGAUGUGCCGCUAUGACAUCAUCCUGGAGGAGAACGUGGAGGUGGCGUUCCGACCUUUGCCCUGUAGCUCCGCCCCCUGA